AUGUUGGGAAAACAAGUUUUGCGGAGCUUUUUAGCCCUCGUGGCUUCGGGAUUGGUGCCGGUGGUGACCUGCGAGAUCAAGGUUACUCCGUUGAAAACAACAGCAUUGGGGACUGACCCCGAGGGGAGCGCGCGCCUUAACGGCAUGAGCUUUCAGCAAGAUGCGCUGACAACCUUUAACGGAUGGCAAUACGUCGCCUAUUACGAAUCGACGGGCACAUACAAUCGCCAAAAUGUCGCCCUCGGCCGCCGCAACCUCAACGGCGGCAGCGACCCUUCGGACUGGGAAAUCCUCAAGUUCACGGACUACGUCCAGCAGACGCAGGACUCGCACAACACCAUCUCGCUGGGCAUCUCCAGCGACGGGAAGAUUCAUCUCAGUUACGACCACCACGACGUGCCUCUCAACUACCGCGUCAGUAAUGAGGGAGUCGCCGCGGACCCCGAGGCGCAUGCGUGGAGUGCGAGUCUGUUUGGGGCUACGAGGCAUGAUUUGCCAGGUGCAGGGACGGGGCCUUGGAGGCCGGUUACGUAUCCGCGGUUUGAGAGGGCUGGUGAAGAACUGCUUUUUGAGAUGAGGAUCGGACAAUCCGGCUCUGGCGAUAGCUACCUGUACAAGUACUCCUCGGGCUCCUGGUCCCCCAUCGGCAAAUACAUCCAAGGGAACAACAACAACGCCUACAUCAACGGCAUAGACUACGCCAACUCCACGCUCCACAUCACCUGGACCUGGCGCGAAACCCCCGACGUCGUAACAAACCACGAUCUCGGGUACGCCUACAGCACCGACCUCGGGCGCACAUGGAACAACAAUGCCGGCACGUCCAUCGGUCCCACAAUCUCCCCCGCCAGCUCGGGGAUCCACGCCUUCUCCAUCCCGCAAAACAGCGGCAUCCUCAACCAAGAGGGCCAAACCGUCGACCCGUCUGGGCGCGUCCAUGUUCUCAACCGCGAAAAAGUCGGCGGCGUACUCACCUGGCUGCACUACUGGCGCGACGAGGGAACGGGGGAAUGGACUAAGAACCCCAUCAAGCAUUCCCUCGGCGCGCUGACGCAGACGGGGAGGAGGGGGAAGUUGGCGGCGCAUCCCGUCACGGGGGACUUGUUUGCCAUUUUGGCGGCGAACGACGGGGUUGAUGUCGCGGUUUACGCGGCGACAAAGGCGAGCGGGUAUGAGGAUUGGAAGGAGGUGUGGAGAGAGGGGAGGUUUGAUGCCGAGCCGUUGUUUGAUCGGGCUUUGUGGAGAGGGCAGGGGGGCGUUGAAGGGGGUAAGAUUUUGAGCUUGUUUUUGAAUACACAGGGAGGGUAUCCGGAGAGGAAGGUGACGGUUGUUGAUUUGGAGGUGGAGGUGUGA